AUGGAUUUCGACUCGACUCAUCUGCAUGAGACGCUCCCGCGCUUGCUGAAAGCCUACUGGCCUCCCGUGCUCGUCGGACUCUUGCUCCUACACUUUCUCGCCAACAAGUUCCGCUCCGGACUGGUUUCGAUCCCUGGCCCUUCCCUCGCGGCCUACACGAACUUCUGGCGGUUCAGAGAUACGUGGCGGGGGACCGCGCACAAGAGCUACCGCGAGCUCCAUGAUCACUACGGACCGCUAGUCCGCAUCGGGCCGAACAUAGUGUCCGUAUCGGACCCAGAGGCUAUCCCGAUCAUAUACAACAUUAAGACGGACUUCCACAAGGCGCGUGCCACAUCAGAUGGAACGGCGUCGGCAGAGGUGCAGAAGUUCAUCUACAAGAAGAAGCGCGUCGCGAACCUGUUCUCGCACAUCGAUCCCGCCGUGCACAGGAGCAAGAAGCGGCUGUUCGGUAACGCUUACAGCCUCUCCUCCAUCCUCGAGGCUGAGCCCGGCCUCAUCUCGGUCACCACGCUGUUCAUGAAAUCUCUCCGCGAGCGCUCCUCGAAGCCCAUCGACCUCGGCGAGUGGCUCGAGUACUACACAUACGACAGCAUCGGCGAGAUCGCAUUGGCGCGGCGACUCGGGUUCCUGCGGAACGGCGGGGACAUCGACGGGAUGAUCCCGCUGGGAGCGAUCCUAUCGAACUAUGCAUCCGUCGUCAGCCAGAAGCCGAUACUGGACUGGUUCGGGCUAGCGAACCCGCUGUUCCCGUACCUGCUGCCCUCGAUCGAGACGAAGAACGGGGUUCUCAACCUAACGAUCAAGACGAUGGAGGAGCUGGGGUUCUCCGGGCCGCCAGAGAACCUGAAGUCCUGCACGGGCGGCGACUUCCUCUCGCACAUGGCGCGGGCGCGGGCCGCCGACCCGGAGCGCUACUCGUCGGACGACAUCCUGAUCCAGACGUCGGCGACGGUGUUCGCAGCGACAGACACGACGGCGAUCACGCUGCGGGCGAUCAUCUACUACCUUUUACGCAACCCUCUUGUGCUAUCACGGUUCACCGCCGAGCUCGACGCGGCGGAGCCGCUCCUCUCGCCCGUCAUCACGUACCGCGAGUCGAUCGACACCCUGCCGUACCUGCAAGCGGUGGUGAAGGAGGCGAUGCGGCUGCACCCCGCGAUCGGCCUGCCGCUCGAGCGCUACGUCCCCGCGGGCGGCGCGACCAUCGCGGGGAAGUUCCUGCCCGCGGGAACUACCGUCGGCAUGAGCGCCUGGGUCGUCCACCGCAACCCGGACAUCUUCACAGAGCCGGACGCGUUCGUCCCCGAGCGCUGGAUCGGGUCACCCCCUGAUCAGCUCAAGCGCAUGGAGAAGUCCAUGUUCCAGUUCGGCGCGGGCGCCCGCUCCUGCGUCGGGAAAUAUGUCGCGCAGAUACAGACGAGUACCCUCAUACCGCAGCUGUUUAGGGAGUUUGAUGUCCAGCUGGAAGAUAAGGACAAGGAGUGGGAGGUCACGGCUAGGUGGUUUGUCCAGCAGGUCGGGUUGGUCGUUAAUUUGGUGCCUAGACGUAGUACGUAGUCCGCGCGGGGAGGAUGGUGGUUGAAUAUUUUGUCUCGUCGUGUCCCGCGUGAAGGCGUAUGACGUACCUAGUUUUUUUUGCUUUUGCUUUUGUUUGAUCGUUGAUUGCUUGCGACUUAUCUAUACCAUGGCAAUAUACACACUGCG